CAGAAAUGGCGUCAAAAAAUCAAACUUCAUCUUUGUCUGCAAAUACAGCAAAUAACAAGGUCUCUGGUGCCCCAAAAUCGGAUGAAAAAUCAGCCUCUAAGACAUCUGGUGAUAUUAUUCCUGGAAUAGGGGAUCAUUUUCUGGUUAGUCGACCUGAUAACACCUGGCAUGCUGCUGAAAUCGUUCAAACCAGACAAAGUGACCAGCCAGGAGGAAAACCAGAGUUUUAUGUUCAUUACGACGGCUUUAAUCGACGACUUGACGAAUGGGUUGAGCUUGACAGAUUUGAUUUACAUAGCAAGAUAGAAGAUCAACAAACUACCAAGGAGAAGGAUCUGAGCAUUUCUUUAACUGACUUAUCAGAUGGCACCGACAGAAAAAUCACCAGAAAUCAGAAGCGAAAGCAUGAUGAAAUCAAUCACAUACAGAAAACCUAUGCUGAAAUGGACCCUACCACAGCUGCUUUGGAAAAAGAGCAUGAAGCAAUCACCAAAGUGAAAUAUAUAGACAAGAUCCAGAUUGGGAAAUAUGAGAUUGACGCCUGGUAUUUUUCACCAUUCCCAGAAGAAUAUGGCAAACAGUCAAAGUUGUGGAUUUGUGAAUAUUGUUUGAAGUACAUGCGCCUUGAGAAGUCCUACAGAUAUCAUCAAACUCAAUGCUUUCAACGCCAACCUCCAGGCAAAGAAAUAUAUCGUAGAGGAACUAUUUCUGUAUUUGAGGUUGAUGGAAAAGAAGCAAAGAUCUACUGUCAAAAUUUAUGUCUUUUAGCAAAGUUGUUUCUUGAUCACAAAACGUUAUACUUUGAUGUUGAACCAUUCUUGUUUUACAUUUUGACAGAAGUGGACAGAGCUGGGUGCCACUUGGUUGGUUAUUUCUCGAAAGAAAAAGAGUCUCCAGAUGGAAACAAUGUUGCUUGUAUAUUGACACUCCCACCAUUUCAAAGGAAAGGUUAUGGAAAAUUUAUCAUAGCAUUCAGUUAUGAAAUAUCGAAGAUAGACGGUACUGUGGGCUCACCUGAGAAGCCAUUGUCAGAUUUGGGAAAACUCAGCUACAGAAGUUAUUGGUCGUGGGUUCUACUUGAAAUUAUGAGAGAUUUCCGAGGAACAUUAACAAUCAAGGAACUAAGUCGAAUGACAAGCAUAACUCAAAAUGACAUUAUCAGUACACUACAGUCCCUGAACAUGGUGAAAUAUUGGAAGGGACAACAUGUUAUUUGUGUGACACCAAAAUUAGUUGAAGAACAUUUAAAAAGUGCAGAGUAUAAGAAACCUCCUAUAACUGUGGAUAGUUCUUGUUUACGCUGGGAACCACCCCGUAAAGCUAUUAAAAUGUCCAAGAAA